AUGGCCGCCAGCAAUAUACCUGCUCCUAUAUCGUGGGCACCUUCGUCCUUCUGGGACGGGAACGACGGGCUGUGGAAUACCUUCGUGGUUCAAGUGGGCACACCGGCGCAAGACUUUCGGGUGCUGCCUUCAACAGCAGGACAAGAACUUUGGAUACCCGUCCCAGAUGGCUGCACCUCGAUCUCACCGGACGACACUGGAUACUGCGGAUACCUUCGAGGUGCCUUGCCUGUCAACGGCGUGAACAGCUCAGGCUUUACCACGGAUGACAGCUCAACAUGGACGAGCAACGGCAUCUUCGAGCUCAACGCGCAGGAGGAGGAUCUUGGCUAUGGCGGGAAUGGAUUGUACGGCUUCGAUACAGUCGUCUGGGGCAACUCGAGCGAUUCACCCAACUUGACGCAGCAAGUCGUCGCUGGUAUUGCUGAUCCGGACUGGUGGCUUGGACAGGUCGGUCUGGGACCCAAGCCGAUCAAUUUCACGACUUUCAACUAUCCUAUUCCGAGCUAUCUUAGUAAUUUGGUGAACGAGAGCACGAUUGCCAGCCACUCUUUCGCAUACACGGCAGGUGCACAUCAUCGAAAUCAGAGCUCUGCGUCGCUCACGCUGGGCGGCUAUGACACGAACCGGUUCGAGGCUCCUGGAAUUUCGAUGGCUAUGAACGGGGAUAACUCGCGGCCUUUGCAGGUUGGCGUGCAGAGGAUACUGGCCGCGAAUACUCUCGAUGGGACUGUGAAUCUGCUACCGACUGCGAUAUACCACUUCAUCGACUCUUCCGUCCCCCACAUGUGGCUACCGGACGACAGCAUCGAUGCCUUCGUCUCUGCAUUUGGCUUGACUUAUGACAAUGAGACGGACUUGUUCCUCAUCAAUGAUACCAUGCGCAGCCAGAUGCUGGACCUCAACCCGACCAUCACCUUCGUGCUCGGCGCCAGUACGACCGGCAGCGCAACGGACAGCGUGAGUAUUGAGCUUCCGUAUGCCGCUCUCGACUUGCAGGCCAGCUAUCCGUUCUACGAGAAUGCAACGAAUUACUUCCCCAUUCGAAGAGCGGCGAACGAUACGCAAUAUACGAUCGGCCGCACGUUUCUUCAGGAGGCGUAUCUGAUAGCCGACUUCGAGAGGAGUAAUUUCACGGUUGCGAGGGCCAGUUUUGACAACAUGGACACAACGCACCUCGUUGCCAUCCAGCAGCCAACAGAGACUGCCACACCAUCGCCCACAAGCACGCCAGAAGCUUCAGGUGGCCUCAGCGGCGGAGCAAUAGGCGGCAUCGUAGUCGGCGCAGUGGCCGGCGUCGCCAUCAUCGUCGACUCCCCUGGGCUCGCGGAGAUGGAGUCCCCCGGGCUGGCGGAGAUGGAGUCGCCGGCGAUGAGGUCGGAGGUGGAUGGCGGGACGGCGAAGUGGGGGGCUUUGGGGGUGCAGGAGUUGCAUACGCUGCCGGUGGGGCAUGAGAGUGGACUGCUUGUGGAGGCGCCGGGGAGUGAGGGGGUGAGGGCGGAAUUGGAGGGCGAGGGGGGGUGGGGGAGGAAGUAG